AUGGUGGCAGCUGGGGAGACAGGUGAGCUUGACCAGGGGAACACUGAGACCAUGAGUGAGAAGUAUGCCCCACUGGCUGACAUCCUGAGAGGCUGCGGCUACGACGUGACAGUUGACAUGCUCAUCAUGGGACCGCUCGGAGCCUGGGACCCCAGCAACAAGAGCGUCCUGCAUGCCUGCAUCUCCCGCUGCUAUGCCAAGCUGAUGCACUGCCUCAUGCUGCGCCUGCCCGACCCGCUGCCCCGCCUGCCCGGCCCCGUCCGCGCCGCCAGCCCCCACAGGUUCCGCUACUACCAAAACGUUUGCACUCAGAGCUACUCGUACGUGUGGUGGGACUGGGCUCGCUGGGAGAAGGAGAUUGACUGGAUGGCACUUAGUGGCAUCAACCUGGCACUGGCAUUCACCGGGCAGGAGGCUAUUUGGCAGAGGGUGUACCUGUCCUUGGGCCUGAACCAGUCAGAGAUAGAUGAGUACUUCACCGGGCCAGCCUUCCUGGCAUGGAACCGCAUGGGGAACCUGCACAAAUGGGCAGGGCCGUUGCCUCAUGCCUGGAACCUAAAGCAGCUCUACUUGCAGUACAGGAUCCUAGAGAGGAUGCGAUCAUUGGGGAUGAUCCCAGUGCUGCCAGCCUUUGCGGGGCAUGUGCCCCAGGGCAUCUUGAGGGUUUUCCCUCGAGUAAAUGUCACUAGGCUUGGCAGCUGGGGCAACUUUGACUGCUCGUACUCGUGCUCCUACCUCCUGGACCCCCAGGACCCCAUGUUCCAAGUGAUUGGGACCCUCUUCUUGAAGGAGAUGAUCAAGGAAUUUGGCACAGAUCACAUCUACAGUGCUGACACCUUCAACGAGAUGAGGCCCCUUUCCUCUGACCCUGCCUACCUGUCGGGGGUUAGCGCUGCUGUCUUCCNGUGUCUGUCCCCAGCUGACCCUCGUGCCCUGUGGCUCAUGCAGGGCUGGCUGUUCCACCACCAGCCAGAUUUUUGGCAGCCAGCACAGGUACGGGCACUGCUGCAGGGUGUGCCCCAGGGUCGCAUGAUUGUGUUGGACCUUGUCGCUGAGUCGGCGCCUGUGUACCUGUGGACAGAGUCCUUCUAUGGGCAGCCCUUCAUCUGGUGCAUGCUUCACAACUUUGGUGGCAACCAUGGCCUCUUUGGUGCAGUGGAGAGCAUCAACCAUGGCCCUUUCGAUGCCCGGCACUUCCCUAACUCCACCAUGGUGGGCACUGGCCUGACUCCAGAGGGUAUCGAGCAGAAUGACGUGAUGUACGAGCUGAUGAAUGAGCUGGGCUGGCGCUGGGAGCUGCUCGACCUCCCGCUGUGGAUCGCGAACUAUGCUGAGCGGCGCUACGGUGCCAAGAAUGCAGGGGCCAUUGGCGCCUGGCAGCUGCUUCUACGCAGUGUCUACAACUGCUCAGGGCCCUGUGUGAACCACAACCAUAGUCCCCUGGUGCACCGCCCAUCCCUGCGCAUGAACACAGAGCUCUGGUACAACAAGAGUGACGUCUAUGAGGCCUGGCACCUGCUGGUGGGUGCUGCAGACGAGCUGGGUGCCAGCCCCCUUUUCCGCUAUGACCUGGUGGAUGUGACCCGCCAGGCCAUGCAGCAGUUGGUGGGUGAUUACUACCUGGAGAUCAAGCAGGCCUUCCAAAGCCACUCGCUGCCAGACCUGCUCACUGCUGGAGGUGUGCUGGUCUAUGACCUGCUUCCGGAGUUGGACAGCCUCCUGUCCAGCGACAGCCACUUCCUGUUGGGCCGCUGGCUGGAGGAGGCUCAGGCUAUGGCCACCAGUGACAAGGAAGCUGAGUUGUAUGACCUGAAUGCCCGCAACCAACUGACACUGUGGGGGCCCACUGGCAAUAUCCUGGACUAUGCCAACAAGGAGUUUGGGGGGCUGGUGCUGGAUUACUAUGGUGUGCGCUGGAGCCUCUUUGUCUCAGCCCUGGUGGAGAGCCUCAACACUGGCACUCCCUUCCACCAAGACCAGUUCAACCAGGCCGUCUUCCAGGUGGAGAGGGGCUUCAUCUACAAUGGGAAGCGCUAUUCCUCCAAGCCAGUUGGUGACACACUUGAGAUCGUCCGGAAGAUCUUCCUCAAAUACUACCCUGGCGCCAUGCAGAGGAUCCGCGUGGGUGCUGCAUAAAGGGGCCCUGUGUCAGAGGUGCCUGCCUGCGGGGCCAGCCUGGGCCAUGGGGGAAGCAGGGAGAGGGGGCAUCCAUGCAGGUCACAGGCCUCUGCCUCUGCCUGGUCUCUUGCAUCCCAGAGAUGCAGGAAUGAAGGCCCAAGGUCUCCCUCACCCUCAGCCCCUGCCAAGGCUUGGAUGAAGGCCAGGAGCCUGAAGGGAGAGGCCAAGCAAGGGGCUCACAUUGCAUGUGCAGACUUCUCCCUGUGGGCAGGGAUGGAACCAGGAGGCAGCAGUGCUGGGCUGGGAGCCCCUGCCCAUCCCUGCCAUGCAGCUGAUGGUGAAAGUUGCUCCUAGGCGAUGUACUGCAACAUCUGAUUCUGCACUGGCCCCCAGGGAGCUGGCUACUUCGAUGGGGCCAGUCCCUGGUAUCCAGUUGCAGUGUUUCAGGGAGGUGGGUAGAAGGGAGAUUGUGGCUGGGUCGGGGCAAUAUGGGGGAUUCUGAGUCAGGCAUGCAGACUGCCGUGCAUGGCAGGGGGCUCUCUCUUCCCUGAGAAAACUGCCUGCUGGAUGGGUGGGGGUGAGGGGUGCACAGGAGAGGUGGGAUUGUACAUGCUGUGGCUUCUUUAACUACCACAGGGCCAAGCGAAUAUGGGCAGGGCCCUCCCUGCAGGCAAAGCCUGCUGUACAGGAAGCACUUUGCCUGCCACUGCCAGCUGCUCCUUAUUUGCAAACAAGAGGGGAGGUUCUUCCUGGAGGUCCUGGGAAAUAAUUGCUUUGGAGCUGAGCAGGUGGCAGCAUGGGAACCCAGCUGAGGCCAGAGGGGCAGAUCUCUCAGCCUUAGCAGUGGGGAGAGACUGGCAGGGCUGGUCUUAGCGUAAGUCUGCUCUGAAAUGCGCCUGGCUUUUCUGGGGGCCAUGGCAGGGACACAGCACUGCUUGACUCCCAGGGUUUCCUGCAGCUCUCACCCUCUGCCCAGGCCAAUGCACCUUCAUGUUGACUGCCUCCACCAGCAGUCCCUAGCUUGCAGAGGUCACCUCCUGCAGCCCCGAGCCUCUGCUAGGCCCAGGGCUGUCCCUUCUCCCCUCCCUGCAUACCUGAGCAGUGGCAGAGCCAUGGUGGGACAGCUGGCUGUCUGUACAGGGCUCUCCCCAUUGCUGCUGGCCCUACCCUGGGCUUGCAUUGCCCUGGCCAGGCUGCCAUGAUUACCUCCCCUCUCUGUGCCAACCCACUUCACAGGACUCAGUGCCUUCAAAUUAAAGCAAAGGGACACUUUACAAAUAUUUUUUUACUGGGAUAGUAUUUUUAUACACUGAAGAACCGCUCCCAACACCUCUCCACCUUAAGGUUCCCCCAGGCCUUGCCCCUCAUGGACCAGCUUGAGAUGCCAUUGAGCUCAUGCUCUCUCUGCUGACUGGUUGCUCUCCUGUCUGCCAGAGCAAACCUUGCUGAGGGCUGGGGCUGCAGGGGGGUGGGGGGCAUGUUAGCCUAACAUUUAUUAUACAGCUGUAUAAAAGUGCUUGGAACUGGCAGCACUUUCCUGAGGUCUUCCUUAAUGUGCCUGAAGAACAUAAUGAUUAAAGGCCUGGAAUCUGA